CAAUACACAGCUUGUAUUUAUGUUGAGUAUAUCAGCAAAUUAGAAACCUUUUCAAUUGCCAACUCCUUAACUCUUUCCAUUUACAUUCAAACACAACACAUAAGAGUCAUAGACCAAAUGGGCUCACAACAAUGAGCACUGUCUGAUCAUUCUUCAUUAGUCAUUCAACCUUCAACUGAAACUUACCUUACACUUACUUACAUGGGGGCUCGUUGCUCUAAAUUCUCCUUCUGCUGGUUCCAUUCCCACCUUAAACCUUCUGUCCUUGAAUCCUCUGACCAAGAAAAUGGUGGCAAGGGUGAAAAAAUCUUGUGGCCUAGUUUUGCUGAGUUCAGCUUGGAGCAACUGAAGGCCGCCACAAAUGGUUUCUCCUCAGAAAACAUAGUCUCUGAGCAUGGUGAGAAAGCUCCAAACGUGGUUUACAAAGGGAAACUUGAGAAUGGACAGUGGAUUGCCAUCAAACGUUUCAACAAGUUUGCUUGGCCUGAUUCUCGCCAAUUCAUCGAAGAAGCCACACAAGUGGGGAGCCUCAGAAGUGAACGUUUGGCCAAUUUGGUUGGUUACUGCUAUGAAGGGGAUGAGAGGCUGCUAGUAGCAGAGUUUAUGCCACAUGAAACUCUGGCUAAACAUCUCUUUCAUUGGGAGGCACAGCCUAUGAAAUGGGCAAUGAGGUUGAGGGUAGCUUUCUACUUAGCUCAAGCUCUAGAAUAUUGCACCAGUAAAGGAAGGGGUUUGUAUCAUGAUCUCAAUGCCUAUAGGAUCUUGUUUGAUCAGGAUGGCAAUCCUAGGUUGUCUUGCUUCGGGCUCAUGAAGAACAGCAGAGAUGGCAAGAGUUACAGUACUAACUUGGCUUUCACUCCUCCUGAGUACUUAAGAACUGGUAGAGUGACGCAAGAGAGUGUGGUUUACAGUUUCGGAACCCUGUUGCUAGACCUCUUGAGUGGUAAACAUAUUCCCCCAAGCCAUGCACUGGACCUGAUACGUGGCAAAAACUUUUUGAUGCUGAUGGAUUCUGCCUUAGAGGGUCACUUUUCAAAAGAUGAUGGAACUGAGUUGGUUCGUUUGGCUUCGCGCUGCUUACAGUAUGAAGGUCGUGAGAGGCCAAAUGCAAAGUCCCUUGUUGCAUCUCUUAUGCCACUUCAGAAAGAAACAGAGGUCCCUUCAUAUGUUCUGAUGGGUCUCCGGAAUGAAACUGCAUCCUCAACAAAGCCAGUAUCAUUGACACCUUUUGGUGAAGCAUGUUUGAGACUGGAUCUAACUGCCAUACAUGAAAUAUUAGAGAAGACUGGUUACAAGGAUGAUGAAGGAAUUGCCAAUGAGCUUUCCUUUCAAUUGUGGACAAGUCAAAUGCAGGAAACCUUGAACUUGAAGAAGCAUGGUGAUACUGCAUUUAGAGCUAAGGACUUUGCCACUGCCAUUAAAUGCUACACGCAAUUCAUAGAUGGAGGGACUAUGGUGUCACCUACAGUGUAUGCAAGGCGCUGCUUAUCUUAUUUGAUGAAUGGUAUGACACAGGAAGCUCUGGGGGAUGCUAUGCAAGCACAAGCUGUAUCUCCUGAGUGGCCUACUGCUUUGUAUCUUCAGGCAGCUUGUCUUUUCAGUCUUGGAAUGGAAAAUGAUGCACAAGAGACUCUCAAAGAUGGGACUAACAUGGAGGCCAAAAAGAACAAAAACUGAAAUUUGUAAAGAUUUUUUUUCUUUUGCUAUCUUCAGCAUUAUGCGAUGCUUUUUUGGUAGUUUUGUUAUUCGUCCAUCAGUGAAUUUUUUUAAUUCAUUUUGCUUUCUGCAAUGCAUUAGGGAGAAAAGAUAUUAACUGGUUUGGAAUUUUAUAUGCCUUUUCUCCUUA